CAACUUUGGAGCUGAACCUGAAUUAAUGCCCAAAACGCCAUCACAGAGGAGACGUCCCAAGAAAAGGCAGUCCUCCUGCCUGAAAGAUGAAAAUAAGGAGCUAAACAGGAGGAGGUUGUCCAGAAGGAGAAGCAGCAUCAAGCCAAGUUCCCAAAGGCACCACAGCAAAGAGCAGCCCCGGAACCCCAGCCGUCAGGGGGAGGAGGCGUCUGUGCCCGACUGUGCAGUGAGGUCUCAGGCCAAUGUUAAAACCGAGCUCCCAGCACUGACUGGGAAGUGGCUGGCAGAAGCACAAGGUCCCGUGGCGAAGAUGGGUUGUCAGGACUGCCCUUGGGGUGCCGACAGCAGUGACACAGCCUGUAAGGCUGUUAGGGGGGAGCAGUUGCCCAAGGGGGAUGCAGCCACUGAGCUGCACGAUGUGUCUUCUGUCACUGCGAUCCCUGCUGGCCAGACAGCAAGGGAGGGGGAGGAGGCCCCCAAAAGAAGAGCAAGUACCUCCACUCCCAAGGCUGCUAGAAAUGGUGAUCCUGCCACGCUCCAAGGAGAUCCAUCUCUUCAAGGCCUUGAAAAGGUGCUUCUCCAGGACUCCGACAGCAAAAUAACUAUCAUGAGAUCCAAAAUGCACCGUUGCUCUGGACGCCGAAGCUUUGUGGGUGGCCCCCCCAAGAGCCGUAGGGCCUCCUUGGCAGAGAAAUAUUCACUGGCCAGCAAAAGAGAGAGCAUGAUCCGGAGGUCUAUCAGCAGGGCCAUUUCAAAGAAGGCAGCAGCGCGAGAAUCAUCCUCUGCCUCCAGCAGAGUGAGCUGUCAGAGCUCCUUGGAGGUUUUUGUGGAAGAAGAUGUGACCAGCAGCAUGAGACCUGGACUAGAACUGAAUCCCCCAAGUGAAAAGACUCCUGGAGAUGUCCUCAUUCCAAGCAAAAGUAUACAAGCUGCCAGCCCUCCUGCACAGCACUUAUCUUCUUCUGAGCAGCAGGCAGGGAACAGUGAAGGAACCUGUGUGAAUCCAAACAGUGAACCCCAGAACGAGAACCAGGAACAACCCCACUGUGCCAAAUCCCAGGAGAAUCCCUCACGCAUCUGGACAAGAAGCUAUAAAGAAUCAAUGGGUGUUAUAUGGAAUGGGCAGCAGCCAGGGGGUCAUACCCUUUCCCCUUUGGAUGACAAGCACAAGGAUUCAGCAAACCAGACUCCACCUUCUUCCUCUCCAGCUAGCAAGGUUGUUAGACCACUGAAAAACUUCCUGCAGGCUGUGCAGCGGAACCAGCUACUCACGAGCCCGGGGCCCACAGGACGUGGGGGAGUCAUAAAGAACUUCAUCAAACACAAUACUCCUACCCGACCUAAUCUUAAGGAGAAGGAGCGGCAGAGACUGGAAAGCCUCAGGAAGAAGCAGGAGGCUGAGGAACAGAGGAAAAAGAAAGUGGAGGAGGAAAAGAGACGGCGGCAGGCAGAAAUGAAGCAACAAAUGGAAGAAGAGAAGAAAAAGCGGAUGGGGCAGAAGAUUUUACAGAAUGAUGAGAAGGUGCGCUUCUCCCAAGUGCGAGAAGAGAAAGUGGCAGAGGAGCGGAGCAAGAAAAAACUGUCGAAGAAGCAUGGGGAAGCUGAUGCACGGAAGCAGAAAGCACUGAGAGUGGAGGAAGAUGAAUUUGAGCAGCAAGAACCACUGCAGAAAAGGAGAGAGGAUGAAGUGAAAGAAAAAAGAAAGAAAGUCUUGGAACUGAAAAAUCUUGUAGAGCAACCGCAGGUGGAACAAGUGAAGGAGAGGGAUCACAAACAGCAAGAGAAAGAGGAGGCCCUCCAACUGCAGCUGGAGUCAGCAGUGUUGUUUACUGAAAAAAACAUAAAGGAGGAAGGUGGUCUGCAGCAGUCCCAGCAGCACCUGGGAGAGGAGGAAAAAAUCAAGCAACCAGAAGCAUUGACUGCUGCCUCUGGCACAUGGCUGAGCAAAACCGUAAAGAAAUCUAUCUCCACAUCCUACUUAGGGCCCCCGAAGGGCACAAAGGAAUCCAGAUCCCCAAAGGUAAAUGAAAAUAACUACGGGAUGGAUCUGAACAGCGAUGACUCCACAGAUGAUGAGAAUGAACCUCGGAAGCCUGUCCCUGCCUGGGCUGAGGGGUCUCAGCUUAAUCAAGCCAUUUUACACCAAUACUAUCACCCAGUGAACAUUGACCAACUCUUUGGCCUAAUUCCAAGCCCUAAACUGGAGGAUAUUUUUGGCAAGAGCAAACCUCGAUACUUCAAGCGCACAAGCUCAGCAGUUUGGCAUUCCCCGCCUGGGACCAAAUCUACCUGUGGCCCAUCUUGCAACUUCAAAAACUGA